AUGGUGGAAGAUAAAACCCAAAUCGUCGGAGUUCACGCCGGUAAUUCAAGACUCCGGUUAGCCACUGAUCAAAUCUCUUCUUUAAUAGUCCUCUCACACUCGAUCAAAGUCUUUUCAUCCAGAUGGAAAUUGAUAAGAAACAAGCUAAACGAGAUUCUUCCCCUUCUCCCGCCGGAAAUUCAGGAUUCCGGUGACGGCCCAUCGUUCUCUGGCGUCAUUCAAGCCAUUGAAGAAACAACAGAAUUCACCACCAAAUUGGCUCAGAAAUGCAUUGAUUUUUCCUACAGCGGGAAACUGUUGAUGCAAAGCGAUCUUGAUAUAAUUUGUGUGAAAUUCAACAACCAUAUAAAGUCUUUAUCUGAAUUAUCUUCCAUCGAUGCGUUUUCAUCAAAUGGGCAAUACGCCAUUGUAGUUUCAAGACCUGGGCCCACAGCUUCAAGAGACGACAUCAGGUUCUAUUUCAAGGAUUUGUUAUCAAGGUUCAAAAUUGGGAACAGUGAGAUGAAGGAACAGGCUUUGAUUUGUUUCAAUGAAGUGAUUCAAGAAGAUAACAGGUGUGUAAAGACUGCCAUGGAGAUUGAUGGGCUUGUUUUUGUUUUAGUGGAGUUUUUGGGUUCAAAAGAAGUGGGAAUUCAAGAAGAGGCUUUGAAAUCUUUGGAUAUGAUUUGUCGGUUUCAUUCAUACAAAGGUGUUUUAGCUUCGAUUGGAAUCGUUGCUCCACUAAUUAGAGCUUUGGAGGGUGGUAGCCAUUUGAGCAAAAAACUGUCCACCAGGUGUUUGAUGAAAGUCACAGCUGAUUCUGAUAACGCCUGGGCAGUCUCAGCUCAUGGUGGUGUGACUGCGUUGUUGAGGAUCUCUGCUAGUGAGUCUGAAAAUGGUGCUGAAUUGGUUAGUUUGGCUUGUGGGGUUCUCAAAAAUCUCGUCGGAGUUGAAGAAAUCAAGCGAUUUAUAGUCGAAGAAGGCACAAUUCCAAUGUUCAUAAACCUCGUUAAAUCCAUAAAUGAAGUAACCCAAAUCAGCGCAAUUGAUUUUCUCCGAUCUAUAGCCUCCGGAGAUGAAUUAGUAGCCAAUUUGAUUGCUAAUGAAGGCGGGAUUCGUGUUUUAGUUCGUGUUCUUGAUCCAAAAUCUUCAUUUUCAUCUAAAACUAAAGAGAUGUCGAUAAUGGCAAUCAUGAGCUUGUGUUCGAAUCCAACAAGAUUGAAUAAUCUAGUGAGUUAUGGCUUCAUGGAUCACAUUCUCCAUUUGCUUCGUGAUGGCGAGGUUUCGGUUCAAGAAUCGUGUUUAAAAGCCGCCUUUUGGCUAAGUGGGACUUCAGAUGAGUUCAAGAAAGCCAUGGGAGAUGCGGGAUUCAUGCCCGAACUCAUCAAAUUCGUGGCUGCAAAGUCGUUUGAGGUUCGAGAAAUGGCAUCUGAAACACUUUCUAGUUUGGUUUCAAUCCCCAGAAACCGAAAAAGAUUCGUGGAAAACGAUCAAAACGUGAGCUUGCUUCUGCAAUCGAUCGAUCCAGAAGAAGGCACUUCAGGUAACAGAAAGCUUUUACUUCCUAUAAUCAUGUCGUUAUCGGGCUGUAACAGUGGCCGAAAGAAAAUUUUGGGUUCUGGGUACUUGAAAAACAUCGAAAAACUAGCCGAUGAGCAAGUUUCGGAUGCGAAAAAGAUCGUUAGGAACCUUUCGUCGAACAGAUUAGUUCGUUUGAUUAGAGGAAUUUGGCGUUGA